GCCGCGCCAGAGGGGGAGAGGAGGGGCAUCCAUGAGUUUCUUAUUGGAAUUCGCGUCCUGCUGCGGCUGCGCUGCCUCGCGCUCCCCGGUUCCGGCGACGUUCUCCCCCUCCUCCUCCUCCUACUACUACGGUGAGAAACGAAGGUCCUUCGUGCCCCGGCGUCCGACGCAUAGGCCUCUGCCUUCUUUUCGGCCCCGCCAUGUUCUGAAGCGUAGGAGGCUGGCUGCUCGGGCAAAGUGGAGGCCGACGCUACUACCCAUUUCCGAAGACGACGAGGUAGAGACGCAGAGAUGCGAUUCCAUUCGAUCGGAAAAACAAGGGAUGAGGAGGAGCGACGCCUCCAGGGCGCUUCAUUACGAUUACGAUUCCAGGAGUGCCGGUGCUUCCAGUUCCAACAUUGUAACCGCCUUUUAUCCCAUGCCAUAUAUGUUCUGA